AGAAGAAACCCAGUAGAGUUUGGACCUGCGAAGGUGAGAUUGUUCUUCUGCAAGGGAAUGUCUGCCUGAUUUUGUCUAACGAAGAUUCAGGAGCUUUCGCAGAUUGCGUGAAUUCUUCUUCUUCAAUUGCUCUUGGUGCUGAUGACAAUCGUCAAUCUACACCAUUAACGGAUGUGACAGGAUGAGGAGGACACACUAAUGGUGGUGGUAACAGUGGAAAGGGUUGGGGACCUAUUAAUUACACUCUACUAGCAGUUCAGAAUGAAAUGGGUGUUACACCCCUUCUUACUACAACUGGGUCUACUCAAUUAUGGCAAAAUCAACAAACCCAUCAUAAUGUGAAUUACCCCGUUAAUACAAAACCCGUGUUGAUCAAUUAAUAUAAACUUUCUAAAUAGUGGGCGGAAUCCGCUUAGUCAGGUCCAAUCCAAUAUUAUGUAUUUGAUAAUAAGAGCCAUGGAGCUGGUAAUGUUACGAUGGUUGGUUUUGCUGGUAGUGGUAAUGGUGGAACAGUGCUAAUUUAUCAAUGUCCUCAAGAGAAACUUGUCAUGAUUGUGGAAAUCAAGCUAAGAAAGAUUGUAGUCACAAUGGUUGCAGAAAUUGUUGCGAGGCCUUGGGUAUAAUUGUUCUACUCAUAUUAAGAGUAUUUGGGUCUCAGCGUCUCUGCGUCGCGAUCCUCAGUUGAUUUCUCCAUUAGGAAAUGAUGAUCAACAACAAGGUGAUGUUGUGAUGUUGGUGUUGCGUGUUGGAAUCAAACUGCAUUUCAUACUUUUACACCUAAAAGUUUCGGUACCAGCUCUAGGCACCAUCACCAAGAUGCAAAUUUUCGAGAAGCAUUACCUAAGCAAGUCCAAGCACCUGCAGCGUUUAAGUGUGUACAUGUGAAACCAAUUGUGGUGGGAUGGGGAAGACGAAUAGCAAACUGUUGUAAAGAUUGGUGGACACGUGUUAGAAGGAUUCUAUACAAUAUAUGAGUAGUGCGUGGUAGUGAAGGACUUCCAAACAUAUCCGGGUAGUGGAAGAAACCCACAUUCUUCAUCACCAAUUAUCAAUCAGUCUGAUGUACAUGGUGGAGCUGCGAGCGGAUUGCUUGGAUCUGGAGUUCUUUGAACCUUCUGAAGGACAGUAAGGACUCCAAGGAGGCACUGAACCUCCAGCGUGCACAAAAUGAGAGAAGGACAGAAGCUACUACAGAGGGCAAUGCUUUGUUUUCCAUUUCAAAAUGGAGUACGGUGAUGGUUACCAACAAUCUCAGAGUACUAAAGAUGAGACUGCCUUCUCUUUGGUGAGAUUUUGAACUUAUAAGCUCUUGUAGGUUUAAAGGAUGGAUUGUCUAUGAUGAGGUAAUAAUGGUCAAUGACUCGAUGUUCUUUAACUUUUCAGAUGUAGAUGAUACUCUUUAUCCUUUUAGUUCUGGUUUGUCAGCCAGUUGCACCAAAAAAAUAGGAGGAAUGGAUUCGUUAUAAUUGUUGAUCCAGGUUGUUUUUUGUUUUGGUUAUCAUGAAUUUCUAAUGGUUCCCAUCCUUGGAUGCUUCGGUUGAUUAGAUUAUAUGCAUGAAAAGCUUGGCAUAGAGAGAAAAACCCCUGAAAUGUGUAAUUUUCUCCACAAGACAUAUGGUAAAACAAUGGCCGGGCUUAGGGUAUGAUUUCAAUUUGUAUGUUUGUCAAAAUUGUAAAUGUUUAGCAGCAACGCGAGCGUGGUUAUCUGUCUUGUUUUUAAUAUGGUUUCCUAAUUGUCUUCAGGCUAUUUGUUAUCAUUUCGAUUAUGAUGAAUUCCACAUCUUUGUUCACCCUGGAUUACCAUAUGGGAAUCUCAAUUCAGACCCAGUUUUAAGAAGCCUUCUAUUAAGCUUACCUUACCGCGAAGUUAUUUUCACGAACACCAAUAAGAUCAAUGCAGCUAAGGGUCUGUACGGACUAUGUUUUGAAGGGAUCCUAUGUUUUGAGAACUGAAUCCUACUCACAGCAGCACCGACGGCGAAGAUGUACAAAACAACUUUUUGAUAUAGUUGAACUUGUUUCUCAAUACGAGAUAUUGUUCUUGCUAAUGACACCCUAAGUAUUUUCCUGAAAGAGAAUAGUGUUAGCCGUGAGAUUUGACAGACUGAGACAAGUCAUGUCAGGAGCAAUGAUUUCAAGGAUUUGUUGCUGUAUGGGUUUGCAAUGCAUUAUGCCAGUACUGGGAGAACAGAACAUUAUCUUGUCGAGGAAGGUACAUACCAGUGUUGGUUUAUACUGUAACCCUUGCGAAGGGGUGUUAGUUUACCAGCCCAUGCUGUGAUCAUCAAGGGUACUCAGAUUUACAAUCCCGAGGAGGGGACAUGGACUGAAUUAAGUCCUUUGGAUGUAACUCGGAUGCUUGGUCUUGCAGGAAGGCCUCAGUAUGACACCUGAUAACAGGACAUAAUGAGCUGCAGUAUGCCGAGAUGACUUUGGAAAAGAGGAGGGCUGAUUCGCGAAAAAGUGCUCAUGGAUAGACUUGAUGGUCCUGCAAAUCUUAUGAUAGUGUCAGAUCUUGACAUGACAAUGGUUGACCAUCAUGAUCACACUUCACAGCUAAGGUUCAAUGCUUUGUGGGAAUCCAGUUACCGUCACAGUUCUUUGUUAGUUUUCUCGACGGGGCGUACAGUUGAAACUUACAAGUGGUUGAAGAAAGACACACCAAUGUUGACUCCAGAUAUAAUUAUAACGUCUGUAGGAACUGAGAUAGCAUAUGGUGAAUCAAUGGUGCCAGACAGUGGCUUUGAGCAAUUUCUUAAUCAAAACUGGGACCGAGACAUUGUCAUGGAGGAAGCAGAUAAAUUUCCUCAACUGAAAUAUCAGUCAGAGUCACAGCAAAGACAACAUAAGGUUAGCUUUGAUGUAGAGAAGGAGAAAGCCGAGGGGGUGAUGAAGGCUCUCUCAGAGUGUCUUGAAAAUCGUGGGUUGGACAUAAAGAUCAUUUUUAGUGGAGGCCAUGCUUUAGAUGUUGUACCAAAACGUGGAGGUAAAGGGCAGGCUCUUGUCUAUUUACUGAACAAAUUUGGUGACAGAAAACAACCCCGUAAUACUCUUGUUUGUGGUGAUUCUGGCAAUGAUGCCGAGCUCUUCACCGUACCAGAUGUGUAUGGUGUCAUGGUAAGCAAUGCAAUGGAUGAGCUUCUGCUGUGGCACACAGAAAAUGUGAAAAACAACCCUAAGAUAAUUCAUGCAACUGAGAGGUGUGCAUCUGGAAUCAUACAGGCCAUUGGUCAUUUCAAGUUAGGACCAAACCUUUCACCGAGAGAUGUUAUGGACUUCCCAGAGGGCAGCCUUUCCAGCAAAAAUCCUGGUCAUGAAAUUGUAAAAUUCUACUUGUUCUACGAGCGAUGGCGACGUGCAGACAUCGCCAACUCCGGAAAAUAUAUUCCAAACUUAAAAGCAAUCUGUUGCCCAUCUGGAGUCUUUGUCAAUCCGUCUGGACAACAGCAGUCACUUCAUGACUGUGUAGAUGAACUGCCAAAGUUCUAUGGAGACAAACAAGGAGAAAAGUUCCGGGUAUGGGUGGAUCGAGUUACUUCUACACAAAUUGGAUUAGAUUCAUGGUCGAUUAAGUUCGAUAAGUGGGAGUUGUCCGAUGAAGGGCCAAAAGGUUGUACUGUUACUGUUGUAUUAUGCACCACGGAAUCUGCACCAGAUAGGUUUGUUUGGAUGCAUAUGCACCAGACAUGGCUGACUGGAUUUGGAGCUACCGAUCAAACUUACAGCUGGUUGUUCUAAAUAAAGGCGUAUCUUCCAUUUUAAGAUUCAUCUUUAAAGUGAUCUGAGCUCUGCACAACUCUGUUGUCCUUAUGGCACUACGAUUUUAGUCUUAUUUAUUCUUAGUUUUACAAGAACUUCGUAUAUGCAGAACAAUGUAGGAUUCCCGCUGCUUAUUCGAUUUAAUCUCAUCCAAGAUUGCUUUUUGCAAA